AUGACUUUUUUCCCGAUUGUGGUUGCAGCUAAUUUCAAACGAAAACCAAUAGCUCACCCCUCUGAACUUGAAUGUAAUAACCGCAUCCUUGGCGUCGAUGGUGACAUGCGUGCAAAGCGGAGUUUCAUUGAGGCAGACCUGUUUGACAUAAACUGUAGUUCUGAUGUCCGAGUCAAGAUCACCGAUACAAGGAAGAAGGCGAAUCCGGAACUUUUUAUUGCCUCUUCCAGCAGUACCAACCAUGUUGUCAUCAAGGUAGUUCGCCGGUAUUUAGGCUGCACCGACCAGCAGGCUACCCUCUUCGCCAUCCUGGUGAAUCGUGAUGGCCGGACGCCCGUAAUCACCUCAGCUGUUCGCCGUUCGGCCAGCAAACUCUGUGCGGAUAUUUCUGUCGCAAUAGGAGAGCGCCAUCUUGCGGACUUUCAGAAGGACCGAGAAGUUGGUGUUCAGGGCGAUCGCUACUACUACUACUACUACUACUACUACUACUACUACUACUACUACUACUACUAUUACUACUUUUGGCGUCGCUAA